AUGAGGCUGUAUCUUCUCAUUAUUUUGUUUCUUCAAAUCACACUCAUAUUCUCAACAUACGACGACAACAGCAACAACGCAAGCAAUUCUUCUCUACUGAUUGAUGAGGAAUAUGAUGAAGGAGAUGUGUUGCGUGAAAAACGACAAGUGGCGCGUAACUAUCGUCGUGUCAACAGAGGUGGCUAUAAAAAUGCUCAUCGACGAGCAUCAUCUCACUCAAAGAGUUCCGGCUCGAGUUCAAGUGCUCUUCGCGCCGAACAACGAAUGAACAUAGCUGAUGAAGAAAGCAAUGAAGGGGAUGAAGAGUGGGCAGGUGCAGAAGCUGGGUUAAUGACGAGAGGUGGAGGAGGGUUGAGGGGACGAGGAAGAGCACAUCGUGGAAGGGUGGUGCAUCGUCGACAGCAACACCAUAGGAGGGGAAAGUGGCAAUCUGGUGAUAGGUACAGUGAAAAUGAGGACAAUUAUGACGAUGAUCUUGGUGGGGAUGUGCUCGUUGAUCAGUCGGACAGGUUCAGUGUUAACAAUAGUGUUGCUAUCAAUAGCCGGGUGAAUGUCAACGAUAAUGUUAACGUUGAUGUUGACGAUAACGUUGAUGUUGACGAUAACGUUAAUGUUGACGAUAAUGCUGCUCUCGAUGACAAGGUGGAUGUGGAUGACAAGGUGGCUGUCGAUGUGGAUGUAGACGAAGGAAUGGAUGAUACGUCUUAUGAAAGCGAUUCCGAAUAUGACGGUGAUGAAUCGCUGAGAAGAAAAAAGAAACGGUCGCGUCGAAGGCGUACGAAACCAGUAGCAGCGGGUCAUUCCGUAAGGGCACGGGGACAAGUUCGGCAAACGAUCAACGUCCACCUUCAAAUAACAGAUGACGUUCAGCUAUUUUCAGGCGUUCAAGGGCAACUGAACGUGAACGCUGAUGACAGCCUGAGUGUCUCAAGCGGCACCUCAGUCGAUGCUUCCAGUGAGUUGUGUUUCACUUCUUAUUUCAAUUUUGAUCAUUUAUUCAGUUCAUUUCGAUUUUCAGCUGUCGAUCACUAA